GGGGGACCCCAUGUCGCUACUUAAGAUCUUCAGAUAUCCAAGUCCUGCUCGCCUCAGUCCUCACCCCGCUCCACCUCGCAGAGGAUUCUGGGAGGUGACGUCGCGGGGCUAGGUCUCGGGGCCCGUUUGCGGAGCCCGCGGCGCUGGGAGGCGAGGUAGGCCGGGCCGCGGGCAAGAGCGGAAGGUCGUGGCAGAGUUGGAAGUGGACCGGCUGGGACUGGGAUGGGGACUUGGCGGGCGCCGCCAGGGAGAGAAAACUAAAAAAGGAAAGGAAGAAUGGCUGUUGGACUUUGUAAAACCAUGUCUCAGGGGUUGGUGACCUUCAGAGAUGUGUCUCUAAACUUUUCCCAAGAGGAGUGGGAAUGGCUGGAUCCAUCUCAGAAGGAUUUAUUCAGAGAUGUCAUGUUGGAGAACUACAGGAACUUGGUAUGGCUUGGACUCUCCAUUUCUAAGCCCAACAUGAUCUCCUUACUGGAACAAGGGAAGGAUCCUUGGAUGGUGGGGACAGAGAUAUCACACAGUAACUAUAUAGACUGGGAGACUUGGUGUGAAAUCAAGGAAUCAUUUCCAAAAUGGUUUAUUGAUGAAGAAGAAAUAUCCCAGCGAAUGGUAAUGGAAAGAGUCAGAAGUCAUGAACAUGAAUUCUCCAGUUUCAGAGAAGUCUGGAAAUAUGAGGAUGAAUUUGAGCAGCAUCAGAGAAAUCAAGAGAGGCAAGUAGCAAUUGUUAAGGAAAUCUCAACUGGGAAAAGAGACAAUGAAUAUAAUAAUUCCAGGAGAAGUAUCACCCUGAAGUCAGUACUUUUAACACAACAGAAAGUUCCCACCAUAGAGCAAGUACAUAAAUUUGAUAUUUAUGAUAAAAUCUUCCCCCAAAAUUCAGUCAUAAUUGAAUAUAGAAGACUCCAUACUGAGAAGGAAUCUUUGAUAGGUAAUGAUUGUGAUGAAUUCAACCAGCGUACACAUUUUAGUAAAGAUAUAGGCAUUCCUCCUUCUGAAAAGCCUUAUGGAGGUAAUUAUUUUUCAAAUCUCUUAAGUUUCCACUCAUUACUUACUCAACAUCAGAACACUCAUUUUGGAAAAUUACCUCAUGGGUAUGAUGAAUGUGGUGAUGCCUUUAGCUGUUACUCAUUCUUUACUCAACCUCAGAGAAUUCACAGUGGAGAGAAACCAUAUGCAUGCAAUGACUGUGGGAAAGCCUUUAGCCAUCGCUUCUUUCUUAGUGAACAUCAGAGAACUCAUAUUGGAGAGAAACCAUAUGAAUGUAAGGAAUGUAACAAAGCCUUCAGACAGAGUGCACACCUUGCUCAACAUCAGAGGAUCCACACUGGAGAGAAACCCUUUGCAUGCAAUGAAUGUGGGAAGGCCUUUAGCCGUUAUGCCUUUCUUGUUGAACAUCAGAGAAUUCAUACAGGGGAGAAACCGUAUGAAUGUAAGGAAUGUAACAGAGCCUUCAGACAGAGUGCACACCUUAAUCAACAUCAGAGGAUUCACACUGGAGAGAAACCCUAUGAAUGUAAUCAAUGUGGAAAAGCCUUCAGCAGACGCAUAGCCCUUACUCUCCAUCAAAGAAUUCACACAGGAGAGAAACCAUUCAAAUGUAGUGAAUGUGGGAAGACCUUUGGCUAUCGCUCACACCUAAAUCAACAUCAGAGAAUUCAUACCGGAGAAAAGCCCUACCAGUGCAUCAAAUGUGGAAAGUUUUUUAGGACUGACUCACAACUUAAUCGGCACCAUAGAAUUCAUACUGGAGAGAGACCAUUUGAAUGCAGUAAAUGUGGGAAAGCCUUUAGUGAUGCUUUAGUUCUAAUUCACCAUAAAAGAAGUCAUGCAGGAGAGAAACCCUUUGAAUGUAAUAAAUGUGAGAAGGCCUUCAGUUGUGGCUCAUACCUUAAUCAGCAUCAGAGAAUUCAUACUGGAGAGAAACCAUAUGAAUGUAAUGAAUGUGGGAAAGCUUUCCAUCAGAUUUUGUCCCUUAGGCUACACCAGAGAAUUCAUGCUGGAGAAAAACCUUAUAAAUGUAAUGAAUGUGGGAAUAAUUUUAACUGUGCCUCAGCCCUUAGACGACAUCAGAGAAUUCAUAAUAGAGAAACCCUUUGAUUACAACAAGUAUAUGGAAGAAACAUUUAGUCACCAAGUCCUUAUUCAAUAUCAGUGAGUUAUUUUUGGUUAGUAAUUCUAUGACUGUAGUAAUAUGAAAAAGUCAUAUGCAUCCAUUUCAGGUCAUAUGCAUCCAUUACUUGAAAUAUUCUGAGAAGCAGACAUAUGUUUCUUAUUAUCUGUUCUAUACCUGACUUAUCCCAUCUUCAAUAAUUUCUAGACAUCGAGUAAUCAGGAAAAAAAUGGAUUGGUCAUAGGCUGGCCAAUUAUUUCCACCAAUCUAGUGAUUAAAAAAGGAUUAGCAAGGUUGGCGCCCGUAGCACAGUGUUCAGGGCACCAGCCACAUGCAACCGAGGCUGGUGGGUUUUUUUGAACCUGGCCGUGGGUUUGAACCUGGCCCGGGCCAGCUAAACAGCAGUGACAACUGCAACCAAAAAAUAGCCAGGUGUUGUGGUGGGUGCCUGUACUCCCAGCUACUUGGGAGUCUGAGGCAAGAGAAUCACUUAAGCCUAAGAGUUUGAGGUUGCUGUGAGCUGUGACACCAUGGCACUCUGAGUGUAACAUGGUGAGAUUCUAUCUCCAAAAAAAAAAAAAAAAAAGGAUUAGCAAAUGGCCCUGUGUGUCUGGAUCAAUAGAGUCCUUUGGCAGUUAUGGGUAGAAGGAGAGAAGGUGUUUUUUUUUUUUUUCUGGAAUUGCAAAUUGCAGGGGUUUGUGAUUAAAAACUCACCUGUAGCCUUUUUGACACUCCAUGAGGAAAGCCUUCCCAAAGAGAAAUCUAACACAGAGAAAAAUGAAGAUACAAGACAGAAAUCCAAUGACAUUGUUUAAUCUCCUGGAUCCAAUCAUAUCUGAUGUCUAUACCAUCCUUUUUAAUUUUUGUGAUCUAAUAAAUUUCCUUAUAUUUUGUUGCUUACGUUAGUUUGAAUUAGAUUUUUGUCUCUUGGAAUUAGAGUACUGAUUUACACAUCCUGUAUUUGCCAUACACAUGAGAAAGCCUUACAUUUUAUGUGGCAUAAUUAUUUAUCCCAAAGAGAAAUCUAAUGAUAUAACAAGUAUAUGACAGUUGAAUAUACAGCCUUCAUAAACCUGAGAUAAUUGAUACAUUUUACUUGGUGAUAAAAUUAGUAUCUGGGUGGCACCUGUGGCUCAGUGGGUAGGACGUGGCCCCAUAUACUCAGGGUGGCAAGUUCGAACCCAGCCCCCACCAGAUAAAACAGCAGUGGCAACUGCAACAAAAAAUAGCUGGGUGUUGUGGCAGGUGCCUAUAGUCCCAGCUUCUCAGGAGGGUGACGCAAGAGAAUCGCUUAAGCCCAAGAGUUUGAGGUUGCUGUGAGCUGUGAUACUAUAGUACGCUACCAAGGGCGAUAGAGUGAGACUCAAAAAAAAAAUUAGUAUUUAUUGGUCUUUUCACAGUAAGGAUUAAUAUUUUAAAAUUCACCUAGUUAAAUUCCUUAACAGGCUUUCCCUUAAGGAGUUAAAAUCAUUUGCAGCAGGUGACUUACCUGCAUGGGCAUAUAAAGAGAGAAAAAAUUAGGGCAGUGACUGUGGCUCAAAGGAGUAGGGCGCCGGCCCCAUAUACCGCAGGUGGCGGGUUCAAACCUGGCCCUGGCCAAAAACUGAAAAAAAAAAAAAGCAAGAAAAAAUUAAAAGCUAAGAGAAUAACGGAUUAAUCAGUUUAAUGAAUGUCUGUUUAUCUUAAAGGAAUUGUUUGAUUUUCUUCUUUCAGCAUGGGUUAAAACAUAUUGUAUGGAGUAACAUAAUAUAGAAUUAUAAAUGAGGUCUUCUUUUGUGGGUGAGCUAUAAACUUGGUUUAAGAAGUUUAUGGAUAACUGUUUUGAAACUAGAGAUAUCAGACAAAGACAUUGCUGGCAUAUAUACAGAAAGAAUGAACCAUUUUUGACUAAGAGUAAAAGAAAAACAGUUGAUGCCUAAAAUUUUUAGAGAAUAAAUUAUUACCAUUCCUCAGAGUAAUGAGGAAAAUGAGGGUGUGGAAAUUUGGCCAUUUUGAACAGUUAAAACUAGUUAGAAUCUCGGGCAUUAUCUGAAUAGCAUCUAUUGUCUAUGGACAUACCCCCCUGAACACUCCUGAUCUUGUCUGAACAGCAUCCAUCUAUUAAAAAAAAUCAGAACAAAUGACUUAGGAAUGACUCCAUGUUCAUGGAGUGAAAAAAUGACUAAUACUUUGAUAAUUUA